UUUUUUUGGGGGGGGGAGGGGGGCGCUUGAGUAGCAUAUGUUGUCAGAGUGGAGCUAUCUGAAAUAGUUUUGGUUAUUGAUGCAAGAAAAAUCUGUUGGGGUAUAUUUGGUGAUCUUGUUCAAAUUUACCAUCUUUAAUUCGGAGUACUGUUUGUUACAUGAUAUCUGCUAGUAUUUCACCCAAUAUGUAGGCCAACGCAGCAUCGGGAAUGGCUGUUCAUGAUGACUGCAAGCUGAAGUUUUUAGACUUGAAGGCAAAAAGAACCUGCCGCUUUAUUGUCUACAAGAUUGAAGAGGAGCAAAACCAGGUGGUUGUGGAAAAGGUUGGUGAACCGACUGAAAGUUACGAGGAUUUUACCGCAAGCCUCCCUGCUAAUGAGUGCCGAUAUGCUGUCUAUGACUUUGAUUUCGUAACUGAGGAAAAUUGCCAAAAGAGCAGGAUUAUCUUCAUUGCUUGGUCUCCUGAUACAUCAACGGUGAGAAGCAAGAUGAUUUAUGCCAGCUCCAAGGACAGUUUCAGGAGGGAGCUUGAUGGUAUCCAGAUAGAGUUGCAAGCAACUGACCCUACUGAGAUGGGCCUUGAUGUUAUUAGAAGCCGAGCUGGUGGACCUUAAUUUGCCAUUCACUCAAUGGAGAAUUAUCCAUACACCCUGUUUCAAUAAUCUUAGUUGUUUAUAGUUUGUGGAAAACAUAAAACUUGCUUAGAUAUGAUAUCGGCCUGUUGUUUGUUUUUACCUGUACAUCAUGCCUUCAUCCAGAACCUUAUGUGGUGUUAUUUUGUUAAACUAAUAUAUAGAUUGGUGGGUGAAGACAUGUAUGAUGUGUUUGUUUUUGCAUAUUUGGUGGAUGCUUCUCCUUUUCCAUACUUGAAUGUUGUCCAAAACAGGCAAAAUUUCUUUUCUUUUCUAAUGACUGCC